CAGGACUGGGGGUGACACGCAGGGAGGGAGAGCGCUCUCGAGGCGGACUGGAAGGGCGCGGGGCGCGCCGAGGCUGCCGGGUCGCGAGCAGCGGGUGACAGCACGCACGUCCCGCCCGGGGCCCUGCCAGCAAACUUCCCAGCUCCGGGAGGAGCGGGCUUUGGCGAGAGCCCUGCGAACGCCGCGGGCAGGCGACGGCGCCUGUUUGUUUUUCAAAUCCGGGAGUGCGUGCAAGCGGCUGGGCUCCUCGGAGGCGACCCGCGGCGGCGGCCCGCGGCGGAAGGAAGGGAGACUGCUGAGGCCGGAGGCCCGGCGGGAGCUGGGCUCCAGGAUCCGGGGCAGCAGCAUGACUGGAACGUGUAGCUGAGCUCAAGAGCCUCUCCAGAAGAGGAAGGACCGGCGGACAUUUCUUGGCUCCUGCGUUUUCCUCUGCCCUUCUUCUGCCCCCACUGGCUCCGGGACUGGGACUUAGGCCAGGCUUCCAGCAGGACCUUCUCCCGAGGGAUGGGCAGUUGCUGAAGGACGUCUCAUUGCCAGGGCUCAGCUGGCCACACCAUGAACCUCCAAGCCCAGCCCAAGGCUCAGAAUAAACGCAAGCGUUGCCUUUUUGGGGACCAGGAGCCAGCUUCCAAGGAACAGCCACCACCCCUGAAGGCUCCAUCACAGUCCCUCAGAGCGAAGGAGGAACAGUACGAGGCCCACGAAGGUCCAGCCGGGGUUGCCUCCACCACCCAGCCUGUGGAGCUGCCUCCUACCAACAACCUGGCUCUGCUGAACUCCGUGGUGUACGGGUCUGAGCGGACCACUGCGGCCAUGUUGUCCCAGCAAGCCCAAGUAAGCUCAGUCAAGUGGCCCAACUCUGUGAUGGCUCCGGGGCGGGGCCUGGAGCGAGGAGGAGGAGGAGGAGGAGGAGCUGGAGGCAUUAGUGACAGUGGCUGGCAGCAGCAACCUGGCCAGCCUCCACCCCACUCAUGGAACCACCUGUCCCUCUACAGUGGACCCAAAGGGAGCCCUCAUCCAGGUGUGGGGGUCUCUCCCUACUAUAACCACCCUGAGGCGCUGAAGGGGAACAAGCCUGGAGUUCCACAGCUGGAUCACUAUGGAAACGCAGUGCAGCCCAUGGUGCCACAGAAGGUGCAGCUGGAGGUGGGGAGGCCCCAAGCACCCUUGAACUCUUUCCACGCAGCCAAGAAACCCCCCAACCAGACACUGCCCUUGCAACCCUUCCAGCUGGCCUUCGGCCACCAGAUGAACCGGCAGGUCUUCCGGCAGGGUCCACAGCAGCCUAACGCCAGCACCUCCUUCCAGCCUCAGAAGCAGCCGCAGCCACAGCAGCAGCAGCCGCCGCCAGCGGCCCUGCCCCAGAUGCAGCUGUUUGAGAGCUUCUACCCCAUGCAUCAGCCGCCUUCACAGCAGCCCCAGGACUUUGGCCUGGCACCGGGUGGGCCCCUGGGACAGACCCACCUUGCACAUCACAGCAUGGCCCCCUACCCUUUCCCUCACAACCCAGAUUUGAACCCAGAACUGCGCAAGGCCCUCCUGCAGGACUCUGCCCCACAGUCUGUGCUACCUCAGCCCCAGAUGGCCUUCCCACGUCGCUCCCGCCGUCUCUCCAAGGAGGGGAUUCUGCCUUCCAACUCCCUCGAUGGAGCUGGCGCCCAACCUGGGCAGGAGCCCACAGGCAAUCUGUUCCUUCAUCACUGGCCUCUGCAGCAGCCACCACCGCCGGGCUCCCUGGGGCAGCCCCAUCCUGAAGACCUGAGAUUCCCAUUGGAACUAAGGGAGUCACAGCUGCUGGCUGACGGGGAGAGACUGGCACCCAACGGUCGGGAGCGGGAGGCUCCCCCCAUGGGUAAUGAGGAGGUCAUGAGGGCAGGGGCCCUAGGGGACUGUGGACAGAUGAUACGAGGUGGGGUGAUCCAGAGCACAAGACGGAGGCGCAGGGCGUCGCAGGAGGCUAAUUUGCUGACGCUGGCCCAGAAGGCGGUGGAGCUGGCCUCUCUGCAGGAUGCCAACGGCUCUGAGGAGAAGCGGAAAAGUGUGCUGGCCUCAACGGCCAAGUGCGGGGUGGAGUUUUCUGAGCCUGCCUUAGCUGCUAAGCGAGCUCGAGAGGAGAGUGGGAUGGUGCCCCUCAUCAUCCCCGUGUCUGUCCCUGUGCGGACGGUGGUGGGUCCAGCGGAGGUGGCCCAAGUGGGAAGUGUCGAGGAGGACGGCAAGGGUCUUGAACACUACCCCACUGAGCACAAGCCCUCGGUCAUCGUCACCCGCAGGCGGUCCACGAGAGUCCCUGGGACGGAUGCUCCAGCUCAGGCUGAAGAGCUGAACGUCAAGUUGGAGGGAGAGCCUUCCCUGCGGAAACCAAAGCAGCGGCCACGGCCGGAGCCCCUCAUCAUCCCCACCAAGGCGGGCACUUUCAUCGCCCCUCCUGUCUACUCCAACAUCACCCCCUACCAGAGCCAUCUGCGUUCUCCCGUCCGCCUAGCUGACCACUCCUCUGAGAGGAGCUUCGAGCUGCCCCCCUACACACCGCCCCCCAUUCUCAGCCCCGUUCGGGAAGGCUCCGGCCUCUACUUCAAUGCCAUCAUAUCAACCAGCAGCAUCCCGGCCCCUCCUCCUAUCACGCCAAAGAGUGCCCACCGUACCCUGCUCCGUUCUAAUAGCUCCGAAGUCACCCCGCCCGUCCUGUCUGUGAUGGGGGAGGCCACCCCCGUGAGCAUCGAACCACGGAUCAAUGUUGGUACCCGGUUCCAAGCAGAAAUCCCCAUGAUGAGAGACCGUGCCCUGGCAGCUGCAGACCCCCACAAGGCUGACUUGGUGUGGCAGCCCUGGGAGCAUCUUGAGAGCAACUGGGAGAAGCAGAGGCAAGUGGAUGACCUGUUGACAGCUGCCUGUUCAAGCAUUUUCCCUGGUGCUGGCACCAACCAGGAACUGGCCUUGCACUAUCUGCAUGAGUCGAGGGGGGACAUCCUGGAAACGCUGAAUAAGCUGCUCCUGAAGAAGCCCGUGCGGCCCCACAACCACCCGCUGGCCACGUAUCACUACACAGGCUCUGACCAGUGGAAGAUGGCUGAGAAGAAGCUGUUCAACAAGGGCAUCGCCAUCUAUAAGAAGGAUUUCUUCCUGGUGCAGAAGCUGAUCCAGACCAAGACUGUGGCCCAGUGUGUGGAGUUCUACUACACCUACAAGAAACAGGUGAAAAUUGGCCGCAAUGGGACGCUCACCUUUGGCGACGUGGAUACAAGUGAUGAGAAGUCAGCCCAGGAAGAGGUUGAAGUGGACGUUAAGACUUCUCAGAAGGUCCCCAGGGUGCCUCCUCCCAGAAGAGAGUCCCCAAGUGAAGAGAGACUGGAGCCCAAGAGAGAAGUAAAAGAGCCCAGGAAGGAGGGGGAGGAGGAGGAGGUGCCAGAAACCCAGGAGAAGGGAGAGCAGGAAGAGGGCCGCGAGCGCAGCCGGAGGGCCGCUGCCGUCAAGGCUACGCAGACACUACAGGCCAACGAGGCGGCCAAUGACGUCCUCAUUCUCCGGAGCCACGAACCCAACGCCCCGGGGCCUGCAGGUGCUCAGACCUCCGAGAAACCGAGAGAAGGACCCGGGAAGUCACGCAGGGCACUGCCUUUCACGGAGAAGAAGAAAAAACCCGAGGCUUUUAAUAAAACCCAAAACCAGGAGAACACUUUCCCUUGUAAAAAAUGCGGCAGGGUGUUUUACAAGGUGAAGAGCCGCAGCGCCCACAUGAAGAGUCACGCCGAGCAGGAGAAGAAGGCGGCGGCCCUGAGGCUGAAGGAGAAGGAGGCAGCCGCCGCCGCUGCCGCGCACCAGCAGGCGCUGAGGGAGGAGAGCGGCGAGGGCGAGAAGGGCUGAGAGCCCGCUGGACCCUCUCCCUGGGCUCCCCCUGCACCCCUGCACCCGGGAACCUCCGGAGGGAGCCAGGAAGAGGGUCCCGUGGACUUUGCCAAACCAAUCCGAUGAUGAAAAAUAAACAGGCGCUUUUGUUGACGAAGGCCGAGGACAGUGUUAAGGGCUCGCAGGAUCCAGUCCUCCCAGGAUCUGGUCCGUCAGGAGUUGAGCCGCUGGCCUGGAGCCUUUGAGAGGCCGGGCCCCUUGCAAGGGGGAAGGGCUCUGGCGCUGCUCCCUGAUUUCCGCUGCUGCUGCCAGGCCUUGCGCAUCUCUGCCUCCCCCGUCCCAGGUCCCUAGUAAGCCACCGUGGCAAGCCAAACACAAGCUCACCCCAUGGCAGAUGAUUUCUCCUUCCCCAGAGGUCCUGGAAGGCUGUGCAGACCUUGUCCCAAGACCCCGAACAAAGGGACUCCUCAGAGAACGGUGGCCUUAACACCUGGGUUGUCCCUGUACAACUGCAUCCCGGCUGGAGCCGCGCCAGUGACCUGGCUUGAGGUCACCGCCUCUCUAGGAGUGUCUCGGAGGACAGUUUCAACCUCGUUGCUGCUUGUUAACAGCCCGUCUGGGGCUGGAAAAGUCUUCUCAAACAUUUGAGGAAGGGCCCCCGCUCUUCACGUCCCUGCUCUCAGCCUGCUGCGGGGAAGGGAACUGUACAGAGGCCAGAAGAUGCAGAGCCAGGCCGGAGGGAUCUUCGGAGAAGCCUGAUGACUCUUCCUGCUGCCUACCAUUUUGUACCUUUGGGUCCUGGAGGCUGCUGAGGGAGCCUCAAGCAGGUCCUGGAAAGGCCUGGCCUGCUCUUCGGUGCCAGCUCCCGGCUUGCUUGUCCUGUUCUCGGUAGCUGCGGCCUAACCCCACUGUACCCCCACUCAGUGUUGAUAUUCACAGCCUAACACACACACCCCCCACCCGCCCCCAUCCUGCAUGCUGAAGAUUUCUGGAUCCUUCCCUGGGAGGGGGAUGUCUCCUAACUAGAUUAGACAGGAGCCUUCAUUCCUUGACUCGUGUCAUUUGGGAACUAUUUAUUUAUUCUUAAUAUUUAAUUUUUAACAUCCUCAGGGACCAGGGGCCUCUUGCUUUCCAGAGGUCCAAGUGCAUUUAAUCCCAAAAUAAGGCACCUUCUUAGCAUCCCCACCCCCACCCCCAAUCCCAAGGCCCUAGGGUCCCUUACCUUGUGGCUCUUGCCAGUAGGGACGGUGGUAGUACUGAACGGGCUGGGAAGGUGGGGAGUGUUGUCACAGUCACAGGAAACUAGCAGAUGUGGGUGACAUCAAAGGCAGUUCUUGGGCCUGCCCUCUGUGUACUUUCAAAACGCUUGAGGGAGUUGGCAGGCCGCCAGAAUUCUAGUUCUGUUUAUCAGCCUGGAUUCUGGCUGGAAGAAACCAUAUUUGGCAUGAAAUUACUAAAGGGCCGGAAUGUUCUGGAGGCCCCUUGGCUUGCCAGUCCCAUAGGGGGCCUAAGUGAUUUUUCUGACGUCAUUAGUCAACUGAGUUGUGCAGAAGAAAGUCUAAGUGGAUGUGUAUCUGAGUGGUCAACAUGUUAGCAAAGAACUGAAAAGGACUCGUUCACUGUUCUGUAGGGAAUAGCCUACAGCCCUGUUGGAAACUGGAAAGAGACAUGGAGUUUUGUUUUAAGCUGUUCACUAUUGGGCAUUUUUUACAUUCAUUUAUGCAUUAGUAUGGUCCUAUGAGAGCUGCCUUUGGAAGUAACAAAAAUGUCCCCCUAGAUAGCUGGGCGGUUACCUAAACCUUUAGCUUCCCUGUUAGUUUCUUUCAGAGGCGUCUACAAACUCAGAGUCUCAAGAUUGCAAAAAUCUGGUACCCUCUGGAAGCAAGAGAGCAACAAAUGUAGACUUCCUUCUAAAUCACGUGCAUAAUGAGUGCCUUCAUAGCUUAGCCCCAAAGUGCUGCUUAAUGGUUCCCGAGGUUUUUUUCUAUUUAAACCAUAUUUGGCUCAGGCCCCUUGGACAUGUGAUAUCAGACAUCUUCAGCCACGUGAGACUCUUCUGCUCAGUGGUACCACCUAGUCCUUGGAAAUCCUACUAAAAAAAAAAAAAGCGAUUCUACUUUUCUCAAUUCACAGAGACCAGACCAGAUGAAUAUAGCCAGGAAAAAAAAAAUCGAGAUGCUACCUUUCAGUAGCAAUCUCAUCAGAAGAACCCAUGCUCCAGGAUGCAGUGUGAGCACCGCGCUGUUUCCAGGGCAGAUGCCCUUGUGGCAGGCUGGCGCAGGCGCGUCCUUACUGGUGCUUUCUCCUAUGAACACACUGGGCUUGGUUCGUUUGGGUUGUUCUUUUCUUCCUCCUCAGAGCUUUCUGCUUUAAGAAUAAGUAACAACUUCAGCUUUACAUUAGCCUCCCCACACCAUCUCACCUUACCUGCCUCGCAGCCUCCGCCUGCAUUCCGAGAAGGGCAUGGAACUGACAAUAGUGUUCUGGACCAUUUCUGAGGUCUCUUACCCAUCUAAGGAGACAGUGCCGUUACUGCUGUCCUCCGCGCCUUCAGCAGUCCCCUCUUGGCUAAGGUACAUACCCGCCCCUCCCCGCCACCCCACCUCCAGCCCUGGCACAGAGGCCCUGUGCUGCUGAUGUCUAAAGGGAUUGCCUAUAUUUAACUGCCUCAGUGACCUAACCUCUUUCUUCUCCUGUGCCAGAUGUUAAAGAUGAAGGAGGAAUAUACAACACAUAUUCAAGCCUCAGCUGUUUAAAUGUUUUUUUUUUUUUUUUUUUUUUUUUUUAAAAUGGGGGCUCACUUUUCUGGGUUGUUAUUUAUUACUAGACUGGCAAAGCCUAACUCCUUAGGUUUUUACAGGAAGUAUGCAUAUUUUUAUAAAACAGUGUGUCUAACCCACAUUUGACUGUGUUGGUUGCCUCAAAAAAAAAAAAAAAAACCAACCAAUUGCAGCUGUUAGAACUUUUCCUCAAUCGUCCAAGUUGAAGGCCUUGUUGGAGAGGACAGAGCACAGGAACAGCCUUGACAGUCUGUAAUUAUUGUACAAAUAGUUGAAUAGCAUAAAAUAAGCAUAGUCCUUUUAUUUUGAAACAAAAUGAUCAGACACUGCCUUUCGUGUUUGCUGCCUGUGCCACUCUCCUCAAAGACUGUUACAUAUUAAAUAGUGUACAUACAUAUAUAUAUAAAUAUUACCUCUUUUGCUGUACAGUUGUGAUAGACCAGACUGAAAAUUUUAUUUUUUGUGUGCUUUUUAUAAAAAAAAAUUAAUACACUAAAGAGAAUCUUGCUGAUGUGAUUGUAAUGUACCUAUGUAACUUAUUUACUUUUGAAUGUUCUGUAUCUUAAGACCUUUUAUUAAAUAAGGUUUUAAAAAACUCA